UCUUUCUUUCUGUUUUUUUCUUUGUUCAUUUUUAAUUUCUUUUUGAGUUUGCGUAACGUCAGGAGCCCUCCUGCAGCCACACUUGGAUUGUUCUUGUCCCCACACUGAAAUAACCUUUUGUUUCUCCAAACCUAGGAUGGAAAGAGGAUGUUUGGCACCUACUUCAGGGUCGGUUUCUAUGGAACCAAGUUUGGAGACCUGGAUGAGCAAGAGUUUGUUUACAAGGAGCCUGCGAUAACAAAGUUAGCUGAGAUUUCCCAUAGGCUCGAGGGAUUUUAUGGAGAACGGUUUGGUGAAGAUGUGCUUGAAGUGAUCAAGGACUCAAACCCUGUGGACAAAUGUAAACUAGAUCCCAACAAGGCCUACAUCCAGAUCACCUAUGUGGAGCCUUACUUUGACACGUAUGAGAUGAAGGACAGAAUAACUUACUUUGACAAGAACUACAACCUGCGGCGCUUCAUGUACUGCACGCCCUUCACGCUGGAUGGCCGAGCUCACGGGGAGCUGCACGAGCAGUUCAAGCGUAAAACCAUCCUGACAACGUCCCACGCUUUCCCUUACAUCAAAACCAGGAUAAACGUCAUUCACAAAGAGGAGAUCAUUUUGACACCCAUUGAAGUUGCCAUAGAGGACAUGCAGAAGAAAACACAAGAAUUAGCUUUUGCAACUCACCAAGACCCUGCAGACCCAAAGAUGCUGCAGAUGGUGCUACAGGGAUCAGUAGGUACCACAGUGAAUCAGGGACCAUUAGAAGUUGCACAAGUUUUCUUAUCUGAAAUACCCAACGACCCAAAGCUCUUCAGGCAUCAUAACAAGCUACGGCUCUGUUUCAAAGACUUCACGAAAAGAUGUGAGGAUGCUCUGCGCAAGAACAAGAGCUUGAUCGGCCCGGACCAAAAGGAAUAUCAGCGGGAGCUGGAGCGGAAUUACCACCGCCUAAAGGAAGCCCUGCAGCCUUUGAUAAACAGGAAGAUCCCGCAGUUGUAUAAGGCCGUGUUGCCAGUCACGUGCCACAGAGACUCCUUCAGCAGGAUGAGCCUUCGCAAAAUGGAUAUCUAAACGAGUUAAAAACCAAAAUAAAAAAGCACUUAAAAGUAAGGUUUUGAAAAGAAAGAGCCUUGUUAUCAGCGCUGGGAAUCAAAGAAGUUUUAUUGUGAAAUAAAACUUGGACUUCAUCCUGGACUUCCCACACACCUCCUCCUCCAUCAGAGUGUUCAGUGGCCAAAAAAAAAAUCAUUUUGAAUUGUCAAAUGUAGACUUACUUUAUCCAUGUUUGAGAAAAAAAUCAAAGUGGUAUCCAGAGUAUUGGUGAUAAGCUGUAAAGUUACCUGUUUUUUAAGGCAUUUUUAUGACUCAAAGGUACACUUAACGCAUUUACCUUUAUUUAUAGCAUUCUCUAAUGUUAAAUUUAUUUACUUUUAGUUCAUAUAUUUAAUUUAUAUUAGGACCAUACGCAAAUGCAUUUUUGAAGUUUUUAAUGUAGUGAUGAUGGUUAUUUUGAUGGUACUAUUAAAUAUGUGAAUGUUUACACUUUAA